AUGGGCUCGCGUUCGUUGAAGUCUUCUUCCUCUACAUAUCCAUCCUCAUCAUCAUGGACAGCCAAGCAGAACAAAACCUUCGAAGUUGCAAUAGCCAUAUUCGAUAAGGACACUCCCAACCGCUGGGAGAAUGUAGCUUCCAUGGUGGGAGGAAAAACUGUAGAGGAAGUGAAGCGUCACUACCAAGUGCUGGUUGAGGACUUGAAGUGCAUCGAGGCGGGUCUCGUCCCUCUUCCUAAGUACAAGCCCACUAUUCCAACUGAUGAUGACAGUAGCAAUGAGGAAGACGAUGACCAGCACAGGCAACUGAUGUAUCUCAAGUUACAGUGAGCUGAGUCAUGUGGCCACCUCUCUUCUGCAAUCCCUUCCUUAGCAGUAGUUUAGUCCUUUGUAGAAGUGGUAGUAUUGAUGGUAGCUGUCGUUGUUGUAGUAGAAGUGGU